GAGCUAUCGGAAUUUUAAUCCGUAAGUAAACAUGUGCGCCAUCUAUUUCACACGAGCUACAAGGGUUUUCUGUGGUAGCACCGAUCGUUACUGAUCCCCGGGAGGGAAUAAUUGACUAUCAAUGUCGACACUGUUGAUUAAGGACGAUUAUCUAACUAUCUACAGAAAAAAUCCAAAGCGAUUCAAAACAUCGCUGCUACUGUAUCGGGCUUCUCGUCAAAAUGAGCGACAUUGACAUGAUGUCACGUAGCGAUGGACGGAUGGCCAGUGCCGCUAGCUCUUUCACCUAUGUUCCAUUUGGAUUCACAUCUAAAACACAAUAUGACGCAAACGAGUCCCUCAUCCAGAUUCGGAGUGAGAAUUAUUCGAAGGUCGAGCCCGAAAAAGACAACGACAUUUGGAAACGCCCUCCUCCAGAUUUUCGUCCACAAAUUUUCGCGCCAAAACCUCCCAAACGAAAUUCCAGAGAAUCCAUGAAACCCGAGAACUUUGGAACAUACCCGGGUACAAACAAACCGGUGAAGAGACCCGAAAGAACUGUGAUACCACAUAUGCUGCGACCGAAGAAACCAGACGAGGGGCGAAUGAUACUACGCUAUCACAUAGAUCGCCCGUUCACAGCGAAGAAGAAAUUCGUCACGGAAGGAAUGUAUAAGGCUGGGGAAUUUGUAAACCCUAAACCUCAUGAUUUCCGAGGUUAUCCACCAAUCAAAAAGCUUGGUCUAGACGAGUUUGUUAUGGACUAUGAUAAGGACCCGUAUAACAUCUACUUCCACACAGGCAGACUGAAUAUCAUUCAUGGAGUACCUUUGGAGAAAGCUACUGAUCGAGACAUUCGCGGCAGACAGAUGGCACCACCUAAGACCCCGGAUAAGAAGUACGAUGCUGAUUGGAUACUACCUAAGGGACAUUGGCCAACAAAGCCAGGCGAGCUAAAUAGACAUCGAUUACGUCAUCGUCCCGCCCAUUCAGCGUUUAUGGACCGUGUGGACCGCACCUUACAACUUCGGUGGGCAAAAGAGAAAAUGGACAAGGAGAUUCAAAAUACCACCAGCUGAUGACGACUUACUACAGUAAAGGUUUCCCUGAGGGGUAGUGGUUGCAGCAGAUGUUGUAUCCGCGAUCCGUGUUUCUACUGAAUCCAAUGUUUCUAACACCACGUGUACGACUUUUAUAACCUCUCAGAAACUUCAUGUUGGAUUGGACGACAGAAGAAGUUCUAUCAUGACGUAUUUUGUGUUUUUAACUUAAAAAAAACGAAUUGUUUUUUUUUCUCUCCCCAUGUGUGACAUCCGAAGCCGAGUGAAGUUGUUUAUGUAUUUAACAGUAUAACGUAAAAAAAAAAUAUGGUGAAUUCUUUCCUUCAUUAAGUGCAGUGUGCAAAUAGAAAGAUCGGUGACCAUAUUUGUUUUCAUAUCACAAAUGGCUGUAGACAUUGAAUUGGAGGAUGUGAAUGGGUAGAACCACUGAUAUCAGAUGGAAUCUAGUACAACGUGACUACAUUUCAGAAUACUGUAAAGCGUAGUGUGUGUCCACGUGGUGUAUGUUCACAUGGUGUGUGUCCACGUGGUGUAUGUCCACGUGAUGUACAUGUAUGUCGACGCUUCCUUAUGCUGUGAUAUUUUCAGAGCUUCGCUGUGAUACUAUGUUUUAUUUCUUACACAGAAAAUCCUCAAAUAUUAAUUUAUCUGCCUGUGUACAUGUAUACUUAUGUUGUCCUUAUGUCAUUUCAUUUAAACAAAAAGCAGUAUUCGUGAUGGAAGUAUUGCAUGAUUUGCUCAACAACAAGUUUGAAUAAAUUCGUUGAUAUUUUUUA